AUGGUAAACUUAGAGCUGGUCAGGUUUCUCAUUGAAAACCACCAGGAAUUGACUUCCGUGCCGCUGUCGGGACAACUUAGAGAUGUGUUCUCCUUAUUCUUAACCGAUCAGAGGAGUCAAUGGGGUUCCAAAUACGCUGCAAUGAGUAUUCAAGAGUUUAUUCAGGAUUUGUCAGAAGUAAAUGAACUGGCACCAAACUCUUUGACUUUCCAAGAUGAAUCGUUUGUAGCUAUGGAUGAUCGAAGGAUCGAAUUCAUCGAUGUAUACGCAUUGAAAAUCCUCUACGAUAUUUGCAGGCAGGAUUUUAGCGGAUCAAACCAGGCGUCGAAGGGAUCGAGGGGGCAGCAACAACCACAGCAGGAUCCUUCACUUCUAGAUCGGUUUAUGACAGCUUUGGAUUGCGAUACCAAAGAUGAAGAUUCUGAAUUACUAUCACGUCAGAUGUUAUUGCAAAGAUUGGAAAAAACGCUGGCCCAUAAACCAGCAUCUGUACAAUUGGGGAAAGAAAGAGCACGCAUGACUGUACCUCAAUCCGAAUUUAUCCCAGUUUGCAAUAGUGAGAAGCAUGCACACAUCCUAUCCACAUCUGUGAACACUUCUGGCAACCGGAUUAUAUCCAUCCAAUGGUCCAGGAUCAAUAAGUUUGAAAACGAAAAUAAUGGAUUCACCCAUUGUUUGCAAACUAAGAUUCACUAUGUGCCCAAUUUAAAUACACAUACUGAGAGAAGUUUGGGCGAUUGUUCAUAUUUGGAUACUUGCCAUAAGCUUAACACCUGCCGGUAUGUGCACUAUUUGCAAUACAUCCCAGAAGUUCUCAAGGAAAAGAUUGCUGAAGAAACCAAACUUGCUAAUAGACAGAUUAACCAACAGAAACGUAUACCAUUUUACACUUUGGGGAAUUGUUGUGCAGAUAUCUCUAAAUCUCUCUUGCCGCCACAAUGGAUUCGUUGUGAUGUGAGGAAAUUCGAUUUUAGCUGUCUGGGUAAAUUCUCCGCCGUAAUUGCAGAUCCCGCGUGGAAUAUUCACAUGAACUUACCAUAUGGAACUUGUAACGAUAUUGAACUAUUAGGAUUACCGCUCGAAAAAUUACAAGAUGAAGGAAUUCUAUUUUUAUGGGUUACCGGACGUGCAAUAGAUUUAGGUAAAGAAUCGUUAGAAAAAUGGGGGUACAGGGUAGUUAAUGAAAUUUCAUGGGUAAAGACAAAUCAGUUGGGACGUACCAUUGUUACCGGCAGAACAGGUCAUUGGCUAAAUCAUUCAAAGGAACAUCUAUUGGUUGGGUUGAAAGGAAACCCACAAUGGCUCAAUAAACAGAUAGAUUCCGACAUUAUUGUCUCUAUCACCAGAGAAACCAGCAGAAAACCUGACGAGCUGUACGGUAUGAUUGAAAGAUUGGUUGGUAGACAUGCUCGAAAAUUAGAAAUUUUUGGUAGAGACCAUAAUAAAAGGCCAGGUUGGCUAACCAUUGGAAAUCAAGUAACGGGGACUUGUAUUCGUGAACUAGAAGUUAAAAAAAGGUAUGACAACUCCAUCGCAUCUUAA